AUGCAAGGCAUGCAAGGACAACAACCAACCGCUCCUGUUCCUACUCCUCAGGCUGCAGCAGGGCCUGACUUUUGUGCUUUCUUUCGGAUGGAUCCGCCAGAGUUCUUGGGUGGCUUGGAUCCUGUGAUUGCUCAUGAUUGGUUGUACGGCAUGGAGAUGAUAUUUCAGGCCAUUCAGUGCACAGAAGAAGAGAAGGUGAUUUUUGCUGCUCAGAAAAGGAAGGGGCCAACAGGUAGAUGGUGGAAUACGGAGUCUACGUAUUUCACUAACCGAGGGAUUCCAAAGGAUUGGCAACAUUUCAAGACAGCUUUCUUGGAGAAAUACUAUCCCAACAGUGUGCGUGCUUUGAAGGAGCGUGAGUUUCAGUCCUUCAAACAAGGAAACAUGUCGGUGUCUGAAUAUGCUGAGAAGUUUGAGGACAUGGCUGCCUAUUCCAGACAAGCAGCUUAUGCACCAGAUGAGUUGUGGAAGAUUGAUCAGUUCCUCAUGGGGCUGAAUGCUGAUAUUGUACACAGUGUGUCUCAAAGGGAGUUUACCACCUAUGCUGAGUGUUUGAGGCAAUGCUAUGUUGCUGAGAACACGUUGAAGAGAGUUCAAGAUGAAAGAGAACAGAAUAAGCCGGUUCGUAGGGAACAAGGAAGGUCGGGACAACAAUUGAAACCCCGCAAUUCUCCAGCUAUGAAGAAACAGGUUUAUGGGGAUCGUUCUAGCCAACCUCCUCAGUGUGGAAAGUGCAAUAGGAGGCACUAUGGGAAUUGCUCAUUAGAUGCAAAGAAGUGUUUCAAGUAUGGAAUGACGGGUCACUUUGCGAAGUAUUGUACAACCCCAGAUGUUCCGGAAAAGACUAAAGGGCGUGUUUACACCUUGGAUGCUAGGAAGGCUCAAGGAAACACCAAUCUUGUUGCUGGUACGUGUUAUGUCAAUAAUCAGCCCUUGUUUGUUUUAGUAGAUUGUGGAGCGACACAUUCUUUUAUCUCUUAUCAUUGUGUGCGGAGGCUUGGUUUUGAGACAAGCUUGCUUCCAAAUCCUAUGGUUAUUUCAUCGGCUACUGAUGAUGUAGUAGAAACUCGAGAAAUUUGCAAGGAGUGUUCUAUUACCUUCAAUGGUCGUAGAUUCUUGAUUGAUCUCAUUUGUCUACCUCUUAAGAAGAUCGAUGUAGUACUUGGUAUGGACUGGUUGUCAGCUAACUCGGUGUACAUCGGUUGUAAAGAGAAGGCUAUCUUCAUUCAUGCUGAGGAGACUACACCAACCGAUGCCAUUGAACAUCUUCUUGAAGGUACAGUUAACAUGAUCAAUUACCUUUUUGCUCAAGAGAAGUCUUUCCUUUUGGUUCUUACGUCAGACUCCAAGGACAAGAAGAGUGUAUUGGAGAUUCCGGUUGUGUGUGAAUUUUCCGAUGACGAGAUACGGUCAUUACGAGUUCUUGGUUAUGCCAUUCGGGGUAACCAGUGCUCCUGCCGUCUUUAUGGAUUACAUGAACCGAGUGUUCCAACCGUAUUUGGACCAGUUCGUGUUAAGUUUCUUGGACAUGUCAUAUCUGGCGGCGGCGUGGCUGUAGACCCUUCAAAGGUAGAAGCAGUGAUAAAUUGGGAACGACCCAAGAAUGCAACUGAGGUCCGUAGUUUCCUAGGCUUGGCAGGUUACUAUCGGAGGUUCAUCAUGGGAUUUUCCAAGCUAGCAUUACCUUUGACCAAGCUUACAAGGAAGGAAGUUUCAUUCGAAUGGAAUUCAGAAUGUGAGAAGAGUUUUCAGAAACUCAAGGAGAAAUUGACUACUGCUCCAGUGUUGGUGAUUCCUGAUCCAAAUCGAUCUUACGAAGUGUUCUGUGAUGCUUCUAAGAAAGGCUUGGGUGGAGUGUUGAUGCAAGACGGACAGGUUGUAGCUUAUGCAUCUAGACAGUUGAGAUCUCAUGAAGAGAAUUAUCCUACUCAUGACCUCGAACUCGCUGCAAUUGUGUUCGCGCUCAAGGAACUUAACAUGCGCCAAAGGAGAUGGAUGGAGUACUUGAAGGACUUUGACUUUGAUUUGAAGUACCAUCCCGGUAAAGCUAAUAAGGUAGCGGAUGCCUUGAGUAGAAAAGAGAUAAAAGUUGCAGAGCUGAUGAUGUUGGAGUUUGGCCUUAUGGAGAAGUUCAGAAAUUUGAACUUACAAUUUGAGUGGGCACCAACGGGUGUGUUGAUGAGUAACUUGCGUAUUGAGAAUGAGUUACGGGAAAGGAUCCGUCAAGCACAGUGGAAUGAUGUAGAAUUGCAGGCUAAAGCAAACCUUCCAGAUUUCGUUCGUACAUCUGAUGGACUCAUUCUUUUUGGACGGAGGAUGUGUGUGCCAAAUGACGCGGAGUUAGGGAGUAUAUCCAUGGACUUUAUUGUGGGACUACCACGGGUAUUAGGUGGGCAUGACUCGAUAUGGGUGAUAGUGGACCGUUUGACUAAGUCCGCGCAUUUCCUACCGGUUAAGACAACUCACAAGGUUUCUCACCUUGCGAGGCUUUUUGUAGUGGAGAUUGUGAGAUUGCACGGUGUACCUUCUAGCAUUGUGUCGGAUAGAGAUCCGAAGUUCACUUCCCGAUUUUGGAAAGCUUUUCAUCAAGAAAUGGGUACAAAUCUGAAUUUGAGCACUUCUAACCACCCCCAGACAGAUGGACAAACAGAAAGGACUAUUCAAACCAUUGAAGAUAUGCUGAGGGCAUGUAUCUUGGAAGUUGGUGGAAGUUGGAAAGAUAACUUACCUUUGAUAGAAUUCGCGUAUAACAACAGUUAUCAUGCGAGUAUCGGUAUGGCCCCAUACGAAGCCUUGUAUGGAAGGAAGUGUCGAUCACCUUUAUGUUGGUCUGAAUUGCGGAAGUUUGUGCCGGAGUCAUUUCAUCCUAUCCUACCAGAUACAAUUGAAGUAGAACCAGAUCUUUCUUUCCAACCGCAACCUCGUAUCUUAGAGUAUGCUAGCAAUUCGUUGAGAAGUAAAGAGAUACCUCUCGUGAAGGUGUUGUGGGAAGAGUCGCGUCCUGACGAAGCCACUUGGGAGCUCGAAUAA